AGGAGGAAGAGAAAAAUGGAUGACGUUGACGUCAUCAAUGAUAACGACGAUGCCGUCGCAGAAAUGAUAAAAGUCAUGAACACAGCUGCCGAGCAAGAUAGACAAUUGAAUAGUCAAAAAAAACCAGCCAUUCGAGUUAUGCGGCAACUUCCAUACGUCAAAGCAAAACUCGGUACACUGGACAUCCUAGAAUCGCUAUCAGAUUCUGGAAUUCUCAGUUCUAUAGCAAUCUGGCUGGCACCUUUGCCCAAUCUAUGCUUGCUUCAUUUGGAAGUUAGGGAGACACUCCUCAAGCAACUACUUGAUUAUCCACCGAUAAGUAGCGAGGCAUUGAAGACAAGUGGACUCGGAAAGGCAGUGGCCUACCUUUACAAACAUCCAAAAGAAACUACAAAUAACAAAGGUAUAUGUCAGCAGUUGAUAACAAGGUGGGCCAAACCAUUAUUUCGUCAAGAUGUUGAUUUUAAAGAUUUUACAAGAGAAGAACGACAACAGCGAGAUUUAGAACACUGUUCUAAAAAACGUAAAGUAUCCUCAAAAAUUGAAGAGCAGGAAGAAAAAAAUUCCUCCGAUGCCAAUUUGGUUGGAAAACAACGUUUAUUGCGAGAAGAUGCGAAUCCGGCUGAUAGAGCUAGACUACCAGAACCAUCCCUCAAGGAAUACAUCAUAAGACCAAAAUGGAAGGUUGAA